AUGCAGGUUCACAUCGAAGCCUCCAGACCGCUGGCUGCUGCUGCGGUUUCCACAGCAGCCGUGUCCGUCUCUGCGGGCGUCGAGGAGUCCGACCUCCCAAAAGUGGAGAUCUGGGAUCCAAGUGCGGACAAAGGCUCUACCACAAAAGCGGCUCAGCAGGCAACUGCCUCGUCGGUCACAGGGCAUCAAGCUGUGGUUCUGCUCAGCCUGGGCAUCGUCGCAGCGAUUGGUGUGCUGCUGCUUUUCCCUGAGCUCCGGCGAAAGGGACAGUCCGCAACGAGAUUCCGUCGAAAUCCAGAGUCGCGCUUCCGGCAUGACGUGCCCGAAGAAGAGAUUGGCCUAGUGUCGGCACCGGGCGGCUACCACCGCGACGAAGAUGACAUCUUGUGA